CUGGGACUUCCGGAGUUCCUUCCUGUCUUUGGGGGUCUCUCUGGACGUUUAGGAGUUCCGGGCUUAAACGCCGCUUGGCGGGCAGGGAGGUGACCGAGCGAAGAAGCAGGCGGAGAGGCUUAGGGAUGAGCCCAGCUCAGGGUCCCACGGCAGUGGCAGAAAUGGUUAUGGACCCUGUACAGAUCAUGUGCUUUCACCAGGCCCAGGAUCCUAUAUUUAGUACCAGGUUACAUGGAACAGUUCCAUUUCUGACAACUGAUGGGAGACUCCCAAGGGGAGGUGUUGAGUGGGCACAUUUACACAGAGGGCUGGAGUUCAGAGGACGGAUUCAGGAUGGAGACAGCCACAACAGAGUGGCCCGUGUGUGGACUACGAUGAAGCCGAAGGACCGUGUGGUCUUUGAGGACGUGGCUGUGUAUUUCUCCCAGGAGGAGUGGGGCCUCCUUGAUGAAGCUCAGAGACACUUGUACCAUGCUGUGAUGACGGAGAACUUUGCACUUGUGACCUCCCUAGGUUGUUGGCAUGGAGUCCAGGAUGAGGAGACACCUUCUGAGCAAGAUGUUUCUGUAGGAGUGUCACCGGUCAGGACUCCAAAGCCAGAUCCAUCCUCCAGGAAGGCCCAGCCCUGUGAGAUAUAUGGCCCACUCUUGAAAGACUUUUUGCAGCUGCUUGAGCAUGACAGAAUGUUCUCUGAUCCCAGACUAUACUUUGGUGGGGCAAACCUUUCACACCAGAAGGAGCAGAUUAGAGACAACCUUUCCAGAAGGGGUGAGGGGCAGCCUUCAUUUCUGACCAACAGCAGCGUUCACAUGGCAGAGAGGACCUUGACAUGCAACAGAGACAGAAAGGACUUCUCAGGCAGUGCAGGCCUUCUGUAGCAGCCGGCCCCUCACAGUGUGGGGAAGCCACACAGGGACACUGAGUGCAGGGAGGCCUUUGGUAGUGGACAGAGUGAUUACAGGUGUACUCAGUGUGGGAGAGCCUUCAGCCGAGAAAAGAUGCUUGUUGAGCACCAGAAAAUCCACACUGGAGUAAGGCUUUAUGAGUGCAGCAAAUGCGGGGAAUUCUUCAAGUACAACGCUAACUUCAUAAAACAUCAGAGAAUUCACAAUGGAGAAAGCCCUUAUGAGUGCAGAGAAUGUGGAAAAUUCUUUAGAUAUAACUACAGACUGGUAAGACAUGAGAGAAUUCACACCAGAGAAAGGCCAUAUGAGUGCAGUGAAUGUGGGAAAUCUUUCAUGUACAGCUCCACAUUCAUUAGACAUCAGAGAGGUCACAUUGUAGGAAGGCCUUAUAAGUGCAGUGAAUGUGGGAAAUUCUUUCAGUAUAACUCCACACUCAUUAAACAUCAGAGAGUUCACACUGGAGAAAGGUUUAUUUAUAAGUGCAGUGGAUGUGGAAAAUUCUUUAGGUACAACUCUGCAUUCAUUAAACAUCAGAGAGUCUACAGUGGAGAAAGGCCUUAUGGGUGCAGUGAAUGUGGGAAAUUCUUUAGGUACACCUCCACACUCACUAGACAUCAAAGAAUUCAUACUGUAGAAAGGCCUUAUGAGUGCAGUGCAUGUGGGGAAUUCUUUAACUACAAGUCCAAGCUUAUUAAACAUUGGCAAAAUCACACUGGAGAACGGUCUUACGAGUGCAGUGAAUGUGGGAAAGGCUUCAGGUACCACUGUAGACUCAUUAGACAUAAGAGAGUUCACAGUGGAGAGAGGCCUUAUGAGUGCAGCGAAUGUGGGAAAGCCUUUAGCCAUAAGAAUGUACUUCUUCAGCAUCAGAAAACCCAUACUGGAGAAAGGCCUUAUGAGUGCAGAAAAUGUCAGAAGGCCUUCAUUAGGAAGUCCUACCUCAUACAUCACCAGAAAAUCCACAGUGAAAACGAUAUGAGUGCCCUUAAUGUGGCGAACUCUUUAGAUACAACUCCAACCUCAUUCAGCAGAGAAUUCACAGUGGUCAAAAAUUUAUGAGUUCAGAGAAUAUGGUAAAUUCUUUAGGUACUACUCCAAACUCCUUACACUGGAGGAGCACCUUAUGAGUUGAUGUUGGAAUGGGCCUUAUGAGUACAGAAAAUAUGGGAAAUUGGUACAGCUUCCCACUCAUUAGACAUCAAAAGUUCACAUUGGAGGAAGGCCUUCUGAGUGCAGUGAAUGUGGAUAAGUCUUUAGGUGAAACGUCAGGCCCAUUGCACAUCACAGAUUUCACAAUGCAGAAAGACCUUGUAAGUACAGUGAAUAUGGGCAUAUGUUCAGCCAAAAUUUCUACCUCAUUCAGCACCAAAAAUUUCACAACAGGGAAAGUGUUGCAAAUGGGGAAAGACUUCAGCAAAAUAUCUGCUGUAAUCUAUCCUUAAUAGUAUCCUAAUACAGUAUUUUUUUUUUUUACAUUUUUGAUUGUGGCAAAAUAAAUGUAACAAAGUUUACUCUCUA